AUGCCGACCACGGUGGAGGGAUCCUUCAAGACCGCCGAUGGUGUGGACUUAUACACCAAGACGUGGAAGCCUGAUGGUGCCCCCGUCGGUGUGAUCAUCUUCAUACACGGCUUUAGCGACCACUGCAACACCUACGACACCCUCUUCAAGACCCUCUCCGCACCACCCUACUCGCUGCAAGUCAAUGCAUUCGACCAACGCGGCUGGGGCCGCUCCGUCCGCCAACCCUCCCAGCGCGGUGCCACAGGGCCGACCAGCGCCGUCCUUGCCGAUCUACACGCCUUUGUCCUCCAUACCAUCUCCCAACUCCCGUCACCACCCCCACCGCUCUUCAUGAUGGGCGCCUCCAUGGGCGGCGCCAUCGCCCUCCACUACACGCUCUACACCCUCCGCAGCACCACGAUCCGCAACCGCCCGCAACUCGCCGGUCUCAUCCUCUCCGCCCCCUUCGUCGCCCUGGACCACCGCUCCGCCCCCUCCUGGGUAACCGUCAAAGCCGGCAAACUCGCCGCCAAGGCGUUCCCCAACCAGCAGCGCGUCAACAAGCUGGAAGCCAAGUACAUGUGCCGCGACCCGCAGGUCUGCUCCGACUGGGUCGCCGACCCCCUCUGCCACGACACCGGCACCCUCGGCGGCCUAAGCGGCAUGCUCCAGCGCGCCGCCGACCUCGUCUCCCUCAGCCAGGGCGCCUACGUGCGCAGCCUGACCAACGAGCUCCCCUGCCCCAUCUGGGUCGCGCACGGCGAAGCCGACCGCGUCACGAGCUGCAAGGCCACGCAGCGCCUGUACGACGUGCUCAGCGCCCCCGAGGGGGAUCGCACCAUGCGCGCCUUCCCCGGGGCGUAUCACAUGCUGCAUAAGGAGCCCGAUGGGACAGGUCAGGACUUCACGCGCGAGGUCGCAGAGUGGUGUGUCCGCAGGUGUCGCGGUGAGAGGGGCGCGUUGCCGCCUGAGGCCAGGAAGAGUAUGCAUGUCUCGAGGAGUCGUGACGAUGCGUUGCGGAAGAGUGUUGAUGCGAAUCGCGUGGUGGGUGCGAGUACGAGUGGCAAUGGGAAUGGGAAUGGGCAUGUGAAGAAGCAGAGUAAUGGUGGCACGAAGCUGUAA